GAGGUGCCCUCCUCUGGGAGGAGACUCAGCUCUGCUAAGAAAAGCAGGGCAGACACCAGGGCAGGCAGGCUUGGCAGCAGUGCUGGAGCAAAUCUCUUCCCCAGAGAAGAAGCUAGCGAGUAGCAGACUAUGGAGCUGGCCUCAGCACAUGGCCACAGAGGGCAGAUUCCCUGGAGGGGACUGCUGCUCACAGCCUCACUUUUAACCUCCUGGAGCGCUCCCACCACUGCUCAAGUCACCAUUGAAGCUGUGCCUCCCAAUGUUACUGAAAACAAGAACGUUCUUCUACUCGUUCACAAUCUGCCGCAGACACUCCGAGUCUUUUACUGGUACAAGGGAACCACUACUGAUGGAAAAAAUGAAAUUGCACGAUUUAUAACAUCCAUUAAUAUGAGUAAAAUGGGGCCUGCAUUCAGCGGCAGAGAGACAAUCUACAGCAAUGGCUCCCUGUUCUUCCAACGUGUCACCAAGAAAGAUGAGGGAGCCUACACACUAUUUAUGCUAGAUCAAAAGUUUGAUCGUACCGUGAUGUCUGUGCGAUUUUCUGUGCACCCCUCACUUUUAACCUCCUGGAGCCCUCCCACCACUGCCCAAGUCACCGUUGAAGCUGUGCCUCCCAAUGUUACUGAAAACAAGAACGUUCUUCUACUUGUUCACAAUCUGCCACAGGCACUCAGAGUCUUUUACUGGUACAAGGGAACCACUACUGAUGGAAAAAAUGAAAUUGCACGAUUUAUAACAUCCUCUAAUAAGAUUCUGUUGGGACCUGAACACAGUGGCAGAGAGAUAAUCUACAGCAAUGGAUCCCUGUUCUUCCAACGUGUCACCAAGAAAGAUGAGGGAGCCUACACACUAUUUAUGCUAGAUCAAAAGUUUGAUCGUACAGUGAUGCCUGUGCGAUUUUCUGUGCACCCUGAAAAGCAUCACUAGGGAUUGCUUUCCAGCCCCCUUGCAUUUGAUUGCCCUUUUCUUGCUCUUCCUAACUGGAACCAAGCUCUGGGAAAGACGGCUGAAGUUCACUAGUGAACCCCAGGGAUUUCACCAGCUGAUGGUGUGCCUGCCUCCUUCCGACAGCAAUAAACUUCGCAGAACCUCUGCAAACAAGCGUCGGCUCCUUCAACUCCACCUGUUCCGUUUUCACAGACGAUCACUUAGUCUCCCGCCCGGAGUUCCUCUCCUUAUGUAUUUUUAUUUUCCAUAGAUACUC